UCCACCCGCCUGCCCAGUGCCCUGAGUCACCCCCCUAUCUCUGAGAUCACACCGCGCUUUCUUCCUCCCUUUCCCAUCGUGCUCGCCGGCCAACGUCCGUAGACCGUAGGUCCCGGCCGGGUUUGAUCCAUGGCGGAAAAGAAGGUUGUGCUGAAGCUGGACCUGCACGACGACAGGCAGAAGCAGAAGGCGCUCAAGGUCGUCUCCACUCUCCACGGCAUCGACCAGAUCGCCGUGGACAUGAAGGACCAGAAGAUGACGGUGGUGGGCACCGUCGACCCCGUCGACCUCGUCGGAAGGCUGCGCAGCAAGCUCUUCCCCACGGCGCAGAUGCUCUCCGUCGGCCCGGCCAAGGAGGAGAAGAAGGACGGCGGCGCCAAGAAGGAAGCCGAUACCAAGAAGGAGGGCGAGAAGAAGGACGCGGUCCCGGUGUACAUGCCGUGGUACCCGCCGCCGCCGCAGUACCACCCGCACCCGUACUACCACAACCACAGCGCCGAGGAGGACCCCAGCUCCUGCGUCAUCUGCUGAUCGCCGGGCGCAGCCCAUUCGCUCCCUUGUGCAGUUUGUAGCUGGCCGUGUGCUCUGCUGCCUGCCGGUCGCUCAUGCCAGCUACGGCGAUCGACGGCGUGCGCCAAUGUGCCAUACAUAAGGCCGGUGAUGCAGCUGCUGUGCUCGUACUAGAUAGAACUGCUGGAGUUUAUUACAGUGUGUAGAAUUACUAGUACUAGAUAGAACUGCUGGAGUUGGAUUUUGAGUGAAAGUUCACUGGGUGCUCUGCUCUCCAAUGUGAUAACAAAGUAGUGAAAUAAAUAAAUUGAAGACAAAGAGAUGGGAAAUUCAGGAGAGUUGCUAGAUUGGUCUCUCCUGAACCUUCACACUUA